UCUCGUCUUUGGAACUCUCUCUUCCACUUCUUUCAACAAAAACUCCGAGAGACAAAAAAAAAAAAAAAAAAGCAAGAAAAUAAAAUAUUCAGACCAUGGACGAAGAUGGUUUCUCGCAAUGUCCUAAGCACUUUUCGAAACGCGGUUAUUUUAGCGGCGGAGGCGUUUGUCCGUUUUGUCUCCACGAACGUCUCUCUUCUCUUUGUCCAGAUUGUGCUCAAGACCUCCCUUGUUCGUGUAGCUCACGCGCCGCCGUGUCUUUAUCUCCGUCGUCUUCUUCUUCUUCCUCCUCGUUCUCUCUAUUCGCCGGAGACGUCAGUUUUAACUUCUCCUCCUCCGGGGUCGGUUCGGUAGGACGAGUGGCGAGUUUGAUUGAAUGCGAACCGGCGUUUAGGAGAUCGAAAUCGAUGGCUGUUCCGAUUAUACCGGAUUCGGUUAUUGAUUCCGGUUUGGAUCGUGGUAGGAGUAAGAAAACGUCGUCGUUUUGGAAGAUUUUAUUGGGAAACAGAGGAGAUACUACUAAUAAACCGGCGGUUAUGAGAAAAUCAAGAUCCGUUGCCGUCGCCGGAGAAUCGGGAUUUUCGCCGGCGAUGACGACGGGAAAGGGUAAAGGUUGGAAUUUUCCGAGCCCGAUUAAGGUUUUCCGGCAAUCGAGAGUCUCAAAGAUGAUAUUUCAACAACGUUCUCCAUUGUAUAGAGGUUGAGAAGUGUUUUUUUUUUUUUUUUUGGUUUUGCAAAUUGUUUAGUUUGAUCAUUUUAUUUUGAUGUUUAUUAAACUCAUGUAUUAAAAAAAAAGGGGAAAGCAAAAUUAGUCUCUUGAAAACACUUUUAAAUUUGCCAAUUGGCUAUGAUUGUUGUUUAUAUAAUUUGUAUUAUAGAUAUAUAUGUGGUUUGGCAAAGUUUCAUUGA